UUUUUUAUUGGUUUAUAGCAGAUUUUAAAUCAGUUAAAACUCAUUGACUUGCGUAACUCUCAAAACUUGAUUGAGACCCCAAAUUUAAAUGGAGUCCGAAAUCUUAAGCAAUUGAUUCUUCAAGGUUGUACAGCAUUGUCUAAGAUUCAUUCAUCUCUUGGAAAUCUCAAACAACUUAUUCGAUUAGAUCUGUCUGGUUGCAAGUGUCUUGAAAGACUUCCUCACAAGAUCAACUUGGAAUCUCUUGAAGUUAUUAUUCUUUCCGGCUGUUCAAGAUUAAAGAAGUUUCCAGAGAUUGUAGGAAAUAUGCCAUGUUUGUUUGAAAUUUAUUUAAAUGAGACUGCUUUAAAAGAUCUACCAAUGUCAGUAGAGCAUUUAACUGGCCUUAUUAAAUUGGAUCUAAGAGACUGCAAAAACCUUUCAAGUCUUCCGAAUGCUUGUUAUAGUUCGAUGUCUCUGAAAAUUCUCACUUUAUCUGGUUGCUCAAAACUUGAAGAACUACCAGAGAAUUUGGGGAAUCUCAAAGGCUUGGAGGAGUUAGAUCUGAGUGGAUCUGCUAUAAGAAUGCUACCUACAUCCAUCAGACUCUUAAAAAAUCUCAAAAAACUCUCUCUUCGUGGAUGUAAAGGGCUAUCAUUUAAAUCUUCGAAUAAACUUUUUAGUUUUCCUUUCAUGCAACAGAGAAGAAGUCCAGAUCCCAUGGCCAUGUUAGAGUGUUCUUUAUCAGGCUUAUUGUCCUUGACCAAACUGGACCUAAGUCACUGCAAUCUUCAGGCAAUUCCUGAUGUUUUUGACUGCUUGUCGUCCUUGUUAAUAUUAAAUCUAGAAGGAAAUAAAUUUAUUUGGCUUCCUAAAAGUAUGAUUCAACUAUCAAAUCUACAAGAUCUUUUUCUGCGUGGUUGCUCGAAUCUUCGAUCAUUGCCAAAGCUUCCAUCAAACAUUAAGUAUAUUGAUGCAACACAGUGUACCUCACUAGAAACAUUAUCAUCGGGAUUAAAAUAUGAUUUUCGGCCAUCACUUCAGCUUCUGAAUUGUGUCAAAUUGAUUGAGAAUCAAGGCUAUGGUUACGUGUCAACAAUGCUAAGACAUUAUUUUAUUAAUGACAAGCAUUACUAUGGGCAAGACAGAUUGGCACAUUAUAUCUAUGUUCCUGGAGGUAAAAUUCCGAAAUGGUUUAGACACCAAAAUGUGGGGGCUUCAGUGAGUCUGCAAAUGCCUUCAGAUUUUUGUAAGAAAUUGAUGGGAAUUGCUAUGUGCGUUGUUUUUGUAUUCCGCCAACAUAGUCUAUUUGACCAACUUGAUUUUGAAGAUUUGGGGCAUAAUAAAUAUACACAUAAGCUUUCAUGUUCCAUUAAAUUUAACAAUUACCAAACUUUUGGAGUGGCCGAUGGUUUUUCCGAAGAAUUUGGUAAGAUUGAACUGUAUCACCUCUGGCUGCAAUAUUUGCCCUCUCAAUUCUUUAACAAGGACUGGGAAAAAGCAUUGAGUAAAAGCAAUGCUAAUGGAUUCAGUGAUAUCAAGAUUGAAUUUAAAACUUGGGGUCCAGGAUUGGAGGUUACAAAAUGCGGGACCCAUUUGGUAUUCAAGCAAGACAUUGAAGAUCUCAAACAAACUAUGGUUGGGUCUUGCAGCUGCAGCAUCACUCCUUAUGAGGAUGAUUUUGAUGGUUCAGCCAGAGAUACCAUAAUUAAGGGAAGCCAUGAUGACUAUGAUGGGGAAGGGGCUGGACCUAGUGGAGAAGGUACCUCUAAUGAUGUAGACACACCACACCCAAAGUGGAUACAGCAACCUAAUCUAAUUGAAAAUUGAAUUGGGAAUUUCAAUUCAUGCACACAAUAACAAGGAAACUCAGACAAAGAGGCCAAUGGCAGUGAUGGUGAUGGAGUGGAACUGGGUUCAGCAACUCAAAAACUAAAAGAUUCCGGGAAGGUGACCAGAAAAACACAUCAGCACAGCUUAAGCAAGCCAGUUGUGUUUGGCUUUGCUAGCAAUUUCUUUCCUUGGAAUAAAAUGCAUUUUCCCCCAAGAAAAUAGGAGGAGCUUAUUGUGGGUUAUGUUGUUUUAUAUAAAUGCUUUCUGAAGGUACCAGUUGGAGCUAAGCUAGAAAGCUUUGGAUGAGAAUAUAAUUGUAUAUUUAGGAAGAGGUUGUGGGAAGACCCACAUUGUUGUACUGCUUAUACACGAGCUAAGUCACUUGAUAAGGAAGCCCCAGAAGAACAUAUGCGUUUUGUUUGGCCCUACAGUGGUUCUGUUUUGGCAGCUUAUAUGGCAGGAACAUUGCACAACAACGAAGUGGUGUGCUUUUUUGGCUUGGCUAAAGUGGUAGGUGUGUAGGCUGUGAGAAGGGGGUUGGGCUGUUGGUUUUUAGUGCCUAUGUAUGCAAUUUCUCAUCAUGAUUCUAGAUUUAAGAUGGACCUUCUCGAUUCUAUGUGUUUCUAGUUCACCUUGGAAAGGAGUUUGGCAUUUAAUAAAUAGAGUGGUGAUUAUUCUAUGAACUCCUUACUCCUUGAUGGUGCAGAAGUGUGGGCUUACUCUUCUAAUGGUGCAGUGUUAUGUAGAGUUUAAGCAAACAAU